AUGUACAUGUUGCUUCUUGUACUCAAGUUUAUCAACGAUCAGAGAGAGGACGUGAAAAUUGGCACUGCAUUAUUUUCUCAAUUACUGGACGAAUCAGAACCAUCUCAGUUCGAGAGGAUGUAUGUAGCUUUCCUUUCAUGGAUAGGAUCGAGAAGCGAAGGAAUGCUAUCGACGAAAAACACCGUUUUCGACCUCAAAUCAUGCGGAGGCCUUCAUAGAGCACUGAAGCACGAAGAUCUUAAGGAAAAACAAAACAGUCGUCUUGAUAACCUUCUCUUUUCAAUUUUGGAAUACUCUGCAGAGAAAUCAGUCUUCUCUCCCAGUACUAGAGGAUUGACAGGUGCCUCUUCAAGAACGUAUAAAACUCUCCAGCGUCAUAAAGAGGCCUCUGUUCCACUACGCCGAGAACAAGCACUGCCAGGUGUUAUUUCCAAUGAAAAUCUUUGUAUCUUUCAUGGCUCUUCUGGGAGAAAUCCAGGUAUCUUAAUGCUCACAGUAUCGUCCCUCCUCAUUCUAAUGAACAAGUCGAUUCUUCGUCAAAUGCAGUCAUCCCAGUACCUCACAGAUCAAGAAUGUUGUGCCUCCUGA